AUGGAAGACGUGAACUCCAACGUGAACGCGGACCAGGAGGUGCGGAAGCUGCAGGAGCUGGUGAAGAAGCUGGAGAAGCAGAACGAGCAGCUCCGGAGCCGCUCGGGGGCCGUGCAGGGCGCCGGCUCCCUCGGGCCCGGGAGCCCGGUCCGGGGCGGUGCGUCCACUCCCUCCUCCUCGGGCGGCGCGGCGUCCCCGCGGGGCUUCCCCCUGGGCCUCGGCGGCAAGCCGGGCGGCGGAGGCGGCGGGGCCGGGCCGGGCCCGCGGCGGACGAGCGGCGAGGACCUGCGGGACGCCGCCUGCCUGCUGGCGGCGGGCGAGGGCGGCUUGCUGGACGAGGUGGAGCCGCUGCGGCCCGACGAGCUGGAGCGCCUGUCCGGCUGGGAGGAGGAGGAGGAGAGCUGGCUGUAUUCAUCACCAAAGAAAAAACUUACACCAAUGCAGAAAUCGGUUAGCCCAUUAGUUUGGUGCAGGCAAGUUUUGGAUUACCCAAGUCCUGAUGUUGAAUGUGCUAAAAAAUCUCUUAUCCACAAACUUGAUCAAACUAUGUCAGCUCUCAAGAGGCAGAAUUUAUAUAAUAAUCCUUUCAACUCCGUGAGUUAUACAAGCCCUUAUAGUCCAAAUGCAAGUAGCCCAUACAGCAGUGGUUUCAAUUCUCCAUCCUCAACCCCAGUGCGACCUCCUAUAGUCAAACAGCUAAUACUUCCUGGAAAUUCAGGUAAUUUGAAAAGUUCAUCAGACAGAAAUCCUCCACUCAGUCCUCAAUCCUCUAUAGACAGUGAGUUAAGUGCUUCAGAAUUAGAUGAAGAUUCCAUUGGAUCUAAUUAUAAGCUAAAUGAUGUAACCGAUGUGCAGAUUCUAGCUCGGAUGCAGGAAGAAAGUCUCCGGCAAGAAUAUGCAGCCACCACAUCUCGGCGCAGUUCUGGUUCAUCUUGCAAUUCUACAAGACGGGGUACUUUUAGUGAUCAGGAACUUGAUGCACAGAGUUUAGAUGAUGAAGAUGACAGUAUGCAUCAUGCAGUAUACCCUGCUGUUAACAGGUUUUCACCAUCACCACGCAAUUCACCUCGACCAUCACCUAAACAGUCACCCAGAAAUUCUCCACGUUCACGAUCUCCUGCGCGGGGAAUAGAAUAUAGUAGAGUGUCCCCACAGCCUAUGAUUAGCCGCUUACAGCAACCUCGCCUUUCACUUCAAGGCCAUCCCACAGAUUUACAGACAAGUAAUGUGAAAAAUGAAGAAAAACUAAGACGCAGUCUUCCAAACCUAUCCCGAACAUCUAAUACACAAGUUGACUCAGUGAAAAGCAGCAGAAGUGACUCAAAUUUUCAAGUGCCAAAUGGAGGAAUACCUCGCAUGCAACCUCAGGCUUCAGCCAUACCUUCUCCAGGCAAAUUCCGCUCCCCUGCAGCGCCAUCUCCUUUGGCUCUUCGGCAACCAGUAAAAGCGUUUAGUAACCAUGGCUCUGGUUCUCCUGGGAGCCAAGAAACAACACAACUCACACAAACCACCUCCUCACCUGGGCCUCCCAUGGCUCAGAGCACAGUCCCAGCAAACCCUCCCAGCAAUAUCAACAGCACUACGCUAACCAGACCGACAGGGACAACCGCGAUGAGAAGUGGCUUGCCCAGACCCAGUGCCCCUUCUGCUGGGGGCAUUCCAGUGCCUCGCAGCAAACUUGCACAGCCUGUCCGCAGAUCCUUGCCAGCUCCUAAAACCUAUGGCAGCAUGAAAGAUGACAGUUGGAAAGAUGGCUGUUAUUGA